GGCGGGCGCGGGGCGCGCGCGCGGGGGCCCGCUCGGCGGUUCCCAUGGUGAUCGCGCGCGCCCGGCCGGUCCCGGCGCACCCCCCCCGCUCGGCGCGCGCCGCUGCCGCCCGCGCGGGGCCAUGUCCCGCGGGCGCUGCCCACACCUGCUCUGGGACGUGCGCAAGCGGACCCUGGGGCUGGAGGAGCCCGGAUUGCUGCGCAGGCACUACCUCGGGAGAAGAGAAUUUAUCCAAAGAUUAAAACUUGAAGCAACCUUGAAUGUGCAUGAUGGAUGUGUGAAUACAAUUUGCUGGAAUGAUACAGGAGAAUAUAUCUUAUCUGGUUCAGAUGACACCAACCUGGUCAUUACUAAUCCCUACAGCAGAAAAGUUCUCACAACGAUUCGCUCAGGACACAGAGCCAAUAUUUUCAGUGCAAAGUUCCUGCCAUGCACCAAUGACAAACAGAUUGUUUCUUGUUCCGGAGACGGAGUCAUUUUCUACACGAAUGUUGAACAGGAUGCAGAGACCAACAGGCAAUGCCAGUACACCUGCCACUAUGGGACUACCUACGAGAUUAUGACAGUACCAAAUGAUCCCUACACUUUCCUCUCUUGUGGUGAGGAUGGCACUGUGAGAUGGUUUGAUACUCGCAUCAAAACAAGUUGCACAAAGGAAGAUUGUAAAGAUGAUAUUUUAAUAAACUGUCGUCGUGCUGCCACCUCUGUUGCUAUCUGUCCACCCAUCCCCUACUACCUGGCUGUAGGCUGUUCUGACAGCUCAGUGAGGAUCUAUGACAGGAGAAUGCUUGGCACAAGGGCAACAGGGAAUUAUGCUGGCCGGGGCACUGUUGGAAUGGUGGCACGUUUUGUCCCUCCUCAUCUCAACAACAAAUCCUGCAGGGUAACAUCCCUGUGUUACAGUGAAGAUGGCCAAGAGAUCCUUGUGAGCUACUCCUCAGAUUACAUUUACUUGUUUGAUCCCAAGGAUGACACAGCACGAGAACUUAAAGUCCCUUCUGCAGAAGAGAGAAGGGAAGAGUUACGUCAGCCUCCUGUUAAACGUCUGAGGCUCAGAGGGGAUUGGUCAGAUACUGGGCCAAGAGCAAGGCCUGAGAGUGAGAGAGAGAGAGAUGGGGAGCAGAGUCCCAAUGUCUCUCUGAUGCAGAGGAUGUCAGACAUGCUGUCAAGGUGGUUUGAAGAAGCCAGUGAAGUUGCACAGAGCAAUCGAGGACGGGGAAGAUCACGGUCCAGAGGUGGGACUAAUCGGACUGAUGCUCCUUCUACUAAUAACAUGGCACCUAGUAGAGAAUCAGAAACUGCAAUGGAAGUAGAUGGUUCUGAACAGCUUCCAUCAUCUUCCUCUUCUACCAUGUCAGCUCAAGCUCCUUCAACAUCAUCUUCGACUGAAAGUCCCCCUUCAACUUCAUUACUGUCCUCUCCUGAUAAUGAACAAAGGCCUUCUUUUGGGGCCUCAACUCAGCCUGUGCUGCAUCAGUCUGAGUUAAUGGGACCCGAGUUAGCAAUAAUCCGUAGGGGCCUGCAGCGACUGAGGCUUAAGAAGGCAGAGCAGCAGAGACAGCGAGAGCUGGCUGAGGGUUCUGCACAACAGCCCUCCUCUUCUGAGCAGCCCACCCCUAAGGGCUCCUCACAGGACCCUCAGGCAGCAGAUUCUCCUUCUUCAGUGGUUAACAAACAGCUUGGAUCCAUGUCACUUGAUGAGCCACAGGAGAGUGAUAAGCCACGAACAGGAACAGGUGAACCAGUUUUAAGUUUGCACUACAGUACAGAAGGAACGACUACAAGCACAAUAAAACUGGACUUCACUGAUGAGUGGAGUAGCAUAAAUUCAAGCUCUAGAGGGAGUGGAAGUCAUUGCAAAACUGAAGGCCAAGAAGACUCUGUAAAAACAAAAGCUUUGGAUGAAUCAGGGCCUGAUGGGGAAGAAACAAGGGUUCCUGAUGAAUCUCUCAAGGAAGAUGCAAGUGCUGAAGAGCUGAAAAAUACAGAUGAAGCUGCAGAGACAACAGAAGCAACAGUAUCAGAUGAACCUGCUUCUGAGCACUCCGGAAUUGAAGCAGAAAAAGCCGGUCCCAGUGCUGAUGCUGUCUGUGGGAACACAGAGGAGGAAGCCUCCUGUGAGCAGGGGGCACAGCAAGCCGUUUGCAGCCAGAGCAGUGACCCCAGUGGCACCAGCCCUCUGGCCAGCGAGGAGCCUCAGUCCCAGCCGGAAUCCUCGGGGCUGGCGGCUCCCGACGACGCCUCCACCAGGAGCUCGGCGCUGCAGGAAACCGACGACAGCGACGACGACCCUGUCCUCAUCCCCGGGGCCAGGUAUCGAGGAGGCCCUGGCCACAGACGAUCCGCUGUGGCCCGCAUCCAGGAGCUCUUCAGGAGGAGGAAGGAGAGGAAGGAGAUGGAGGAGCUGGAGACGCUGAACAUCAGGCGGCCCCUGAUAAAGAUGGUUUACAAAGGGCACCGCAACUCCCGCACCAUGAUAAAGGAAGCCAACUUUUGGGGAUCCAACUUUGUCAUGAGUGGCUCAGACUGUGGCCACAUUUUCAUCUGGGACCGCCACACUGCUGAGCACCUCAUGCUGCUGGAGGCUGACAACCACGUGGUGAACUGCCUGCAGCCUCACCCCUUUGAUCCCAUUCUGGCCUCUUCGGGUAUUGAUUAUGAUAUAAAAAUUUGGUCACCACUGGAAGAAUCCAAGAUUUUUAACAGAAAACUUGCAGAUGAGGUUAUAACUCGUAAUGAAUUAAUGCUGGAAGAGACCAGAAACACCAUCACUGUUCCAGCUUCCUUCAUGCUCCGAAUGUUGGCUUCGUUGAAUCACAUAAGAGCAGACCGAUUGGAAGGUGACAGAUCAGAAGGAUCUGGCCAGGAAAAUGAAAAUGAAGAUGAAGAGUAACCAACAGUUGUGUGUGAGCACCUGGAAGUCAAUGAAAUUUGUAUAAGACAUUAAUUAUAUUUUUCCUUACAGAGCUUUAGUGCAAUUCUGAGGUAUUGCUUUUGGAUAACCUAACCUUUUUUUUUUUUUUUUUUGAAUGACUGUGUGCAUGACUUGGGGAGAGUGUGCAAGUUAAAAUAAACAAAAAUGUUUUUAAAAUGUUUUGCCAUGUAUGAGGGGUGCUAGAAGAUGCCAAGUGCAAUAUUUUCCUUAAACAGCAAAUGUGAGAGCUUGGAUCAAUGUUUUAAAGUAACUUUCAUGAUAGUAAAAACGUUGGUUCAAAUAAAUUUCUAUACCUGCUGUUUGCAUGUUUGUUGCUUUCUAAUUAAAAGAUUUGGUUGUUUUAA